AUGGAUCCCUCUGGUGCGACCGGAGGCCCAUCGCAGGCCCAGCCGCGCCCCCGCAAGCGCGCCCGCAAUGCCCGCGUGCAAGACGCCGGGAACACGGCGGCUCCAGGCUCGCUGGCCCCUGUAGCCCAGCACGCCCAAGUCGGGCAAAUCGCACAGGCGCCCCAAGGCUGGGUCCCUGCCACUGUUGCGAGUAGCCAUCAUCCCCAGGCCGUGCGUGCGCCCGUCGACACCGUGCCCAGUCAACCUCCCACAUUCCCAUCACAGCAGCUGGACCGAUCGCACCAGCACCAGCACCCACAUCAGCACCAACAUCAGCACCAGCACCCGGUCGCCGAGCCCGACGGAUUGAUGAAUGGCUACAGCGCCCCCCCACAACAUUCUCAAUACCCCGAGCCCCAAUCGACCCUCGCCCCGGCUCCUACCCAGCCCGAUAACUCGAGUCUGGUCGGCUUGAGCGCCCUAGCUGGUGACCACCAGCAGCAGCCGCAACAGCAUCAUUCACACGCGCAGCACGCUGCUCAAACGCACCAACAAGCCCAACAGCAGCACCAACAGCAACAGCAGCAGCAGCGCGUGGCGGCUAACAAACCCGACCGCCUGCUCUACCAACACCAGUACGGCGCUCCAGCUCAAAACUCGACUUCACCCACCGCCGUGGCGAACCCAUCGUCUGCCUCUACUGCUGGCUACAUACCCUCCUGGCCCGUUCCGGACUCGAACCCUCAGCCACCGCAGACCCCCCAGCAGCAGCAAACGCCGCAGCAACAACAAUCACAGCAGCCGCCAGCGUCGGCUACCGCUUCGUCCUCGAUGCCUCCGCAAUCGCCCGCGUUGGGCUCUUCCGCCGGCCUCGUACCCCCGCCGGAGGGCAUUUAUCGCUCGUUCGACGACUUACUCACUUCGGUGCAGCGGACCGCAAAGGAGCAGGGCUACAGCAUCGUCAAGCUGCGCUCGAGCAAUUAUCGCGAUGGGAAACCCACGCGCUUCGACCUAGUGUGCGAUCGCGGCGGAGUCAAGUACAACAGCACCGCCAAAAAGCGAAAUCCCACCACCCGCAAGGUCGACUGCCCGUGGCGCGCAAAGGCCGUUUGCGAGGUGAACCUCGGCAACCAGUGGCGCUUCGCUGUUCAAGAAGCCCGUCACAACCACGAAGCUCGUGUCGCCGCGGCCCCUCCUGGCCAGGAGAACACCCCCGUCGCGCAGAGUCUUCGGAGCCUUACCAACAAGGUCGACCGGCUCGCCCACGAUGUAUCCCAAGGCUUAAACCGGAUGGAGAAUACAAUUAUUGCGCGCCUCGAUAACAUUGAGAAGCGCCUCGAGGCCCUCGAGGGCGGCCGCCCAUCCAUGCUCGGCGCCAACGGCGUCCCUCAAAUGGGCGGCCCCAGCAUGCCCCCCGCCAACAUGGGCGGUAACAGUCUUGGCAACGGCUCGCUCGCUAAUGGCGGGAUGCAGCCUCUCGUGGACGGCCGCCUCAGCGGCGUUGAAAGCCGUCUCGGCCAAAUGGAGCCCCGCGGUCUGGACGACCUCCAAAUGAUGAACGACGACACCCGCGGCCUGUCGAUGAUGGUUAACCAGUAG